AUGUUGGCGCUUGCAGCUCGAGGUUCCUGGCGCUUGUUUUGCGUUCUGAUGCAGAGUCCAGGCCACAUGCUGUUGGCCACACAGCGCGUGAGCGCCAAGAUGCUGCAUGGGCGACGCACAAAGCCGAACACCAAGAUUACUGUGGCUGGAGCUGGCUCUGUGGGCUUGGCAUGCAGCGCAUUCCUCAUUGAUCGCCAGCUGACCAACCAUCUGGUGCUGAUGGAUCGGCGCGAUAAGUGGCUGGAGGCAUCGGCUGUGGAUUUGCAAGCGGCUACCAAAGGCUUGAGUGGCUCACUCAAAGUGGAGAUAUGCAGCGAUGGCGCCAAGACCAAGAACUCCAAGUAUGUGGUCAUUGCCGCUGGGGAGCGCGCGCAGCCGGGACAGUCGCGUCUGCAGCUGGCGCAGGCGACGGCGAAUGCUGUGAAGCAGCUGCUGCCCAAGCUGCUGCAUUAUAAUCCGCGUGCCACUUAUGUGGUGGCAUCCAGUCCAGCUGAUUUAAUGACUUGGCUGCUGCAGGAGCUGAGCGGGCUGCCCAAGGAGCGCUGCAUCAGCGCCGGCUGCCAUCUGGACUCCAUACUCUUUCGCUAUUUGAUAGCUCAGCGCAUGGGCGUAGCUGCCUCAGCUGUCAAUGGCUUCAUCAUAGGCGAGCAUGGCAACUGCUGCGUGCCUGUUUGGUCGGGCGUCUCGGUGGGCGGCAUUUCGCUGCAGCGUCUUAUGCCCGAGGUGGGCAGCGAGCACGACAAGGAGCAGUGGCAAACGGUGCAUCGCCAGGUGCAGCGCAUGGCCAAUCAGGUGGCUCGCGAUGAAACCUACACCAAUUGGGGCAUUGGUAUUAGUGUGUCGGACAUCAUUGGCGCCAUGCAGCAGAAUCUCGGUCAUGUGUUGUCGGUGGGCGGCAAUAUCCAAGGGCUCAUGGGCAUUACGGACAGUGUGGUGCUCUCACUCCCAAGCGUACUCGGCGCGAACGGCAUUAAGCAAAUGAUUGAGCUGCCCUUGAGCGAGCUGGAAAUGUCCUUGCUCGAGCAGAGCGCCGAGUCCUUGGUCAAAACGCAACAACAAAUACAGCUGUAG